GCUAAGGAGAAGAAUUAUACUACUGAUGAUGCAAGCUAAUCCUGUUUAUAGUAACUCAUCUGGCAAUUCAUCCUUCCCUAAACGAAGUCAGCCUGCUGCUGUGUAUGUUCUCCUGUAUUUUUUUUCAGCUUUUCUGGUGAUCUUGACUGUGUGUGGAAACCUUCUGGUCAUAAUCUCAAUUUCACAUUUCAGACAGCUUCACACACCAACCAACAUACUCAUUCUAUCCUUGGCUGUUGCAGAUCUUUUAUUAGGUAUUUUUGGAAUUCCAUUUGCUAUGAUUAAAAUUAUUGAAAACUGUUGGUAUUUUGGUGAAAUUCUUUGCUUAGUGUACAAAUUAGUAGCAUUUUUUCUAACUUCUGUUUCUAUUAGCAAUCUGGUCUUUAUAGCUGUCGAUCGCUAUAUUGCUCUUUGUGAUCCAUUGCGGUACACGUCCAUAAUAACUGUAUAUUUUGUUAGUAUCUUUAUUGCACUUGGCUGGGCUUUCUCAUUAGUUUACAAUGUAAUAAUCAUUAGUAUGAACAGAAUUGACAGCAGUGAGGGACAGGAUGGUUGUCAACAUGACUGUUUUGUUAUUCUCAGUGAGACCUUUAUCAUGGUUGAUCUAAUAAUCACAUUUAUAUUGCCUUUCUCUGUAAUGAUAAUUCUGUAUUUUAAAAUAUUUACUGUGGCAAAGAAGCAUGCACAAUUAAUCAGUUCUGCUGUACAAAAUUGCAAAGGUGGCAAGAAUAAGAUUUCAAAAACGUCUGAAAGAAAAGCUGCAAAAAAAUUAGGGAUUGUAAUAGGAAUCUUUUUGCUUUGUUGGGUACCUUACUACCUCUGUGGUAUAAUUGAUUCAUACUUACAUGUUACUGCUCCACCUUUAGCAAAAAACAUUUUUAUUUCACUAGCUUACAUCAAUUCCUCUAUUAAUCCAAUCAUUUAUGCUUUGGUUUAUCCCUGGUUUCAAAAAUCAGUCAGACUCAUUAUAACACUAAAGAUCUUGUCUCCUGAGUCCUCUUUAACCAGUUUGUUUAAUGAUAGCCAGUAAAUCUGCCUAUUGCUCUUAAUGCCUUUCUGAUGGUAAAAUAAUAAACCUGAGAGGGUAAAUGAUAGAAAAUGAUUUUAAAAACUGCACAGAGAGUUAAAUAUUAACAUAUAAAUAAAUGGUGAAUUUAAUAUUUUUUUAAAUUCUUUAAGCAAAACUAUCCUAA